AUGAGUGUUGAGCAAAGACAGCAAGAAUUAGCUAGAAGGCGUUCGAAUUACAGACAAAAUAAAGACGAAGGAAAACAAGUUCAAAUAUGUGAUCUUUCUGAUAUGAGAACCAUGAUGCCAUUUCAAGACUUGACAAAUGUCAAUCUUGCUUCUCAAUUUUAUCAAAGAGCACAUGACAAUGAAGCUGGACCGAGUACUACAUAUGUCAGUCGCGUUCCAUCCGCGGAUCAAAAUUUUACAUACCCGAUUUUCCAACAAAAUGAUAACCACGAAGCAAGACCAUUUAUAAGAAAUAUUGAUGACAAUGAUUGUGAAUCACAUUCGCAAAAUAUGAAUUCACCUGUAGAAACUCACGAAACACAAACAGUUUUUGAUCAAGAACCACGAUAUAUUUUUCAAGCAAGACAUAACAUUGCUAGAAAUUUUCGAAAUACUGUUAUGAUAAUAAAAUCCCUACUUCCUACUUCGAAUGAGUGUAGACGAUGCAAUGUAAAAUUGUUUCAUAGAGAAUCUCAAGAUAUGUGUUGCAAAGGUGGAAAGGUGACAAUUUCACAAGUGUCUGCUCCUGACGAGUUGUUAUAG